AGAAGAACAUUUCUAUAUUUCUAUAUCUAUGUUCACUGAAAUGUUAUUUAAGUUUGUUGUUUCCCUCACAAUUCCCUCUUUCUGGUUUCUCUUUGAAUGAGAGUACAUGUGAGGAAGAGGACACGUGUUUUGUUUGACUUGUGAAUUUACUGUGAUAAAUAUUUCAAAAACAGCAUGGCUUCGUCUAAUUCGGAUGUUACGGACGAUACGGACGAUUUAAUUGUGAAAAGGAAAGCUGGUGGUAGUAUAAUUGAUCAGCGUCCGUUGUUUUCCAACGAUGGCGAAACUUUAUAUUUAGUGAGAAAAAAUGCUAUAAGGGUGUAUAGCACGCAAACGGGAGAUUUUGUGCAAGAAUUUGAACCUUCUGAUCAUAGAAUAGUGGGUAUACAAAUGCAUCCAGGGAAUGAUUGUGCAGUCAUGGGAUGUACUGAAAAAGGCCAAUUGGAUAUUUGGAGUUAUCCAAGCAGCAUUAUCAUUAAGAAAUUGCCACUAAAAUUAGAAGGUGAAAAGGCAAAAGUUAAGACUUUCCAUAUUAUUAAGUAUAAGAUAUCUCAAAGAAAUGAAGUAUGCGAAGCAUUAGUAACUCAUCUCUCUGAACGUAAUAGCGUUAAUAUACUUUCAUUUGACAUAAAGGAUGGAACUCGUAAAAGUACAAGAGAAAUAUUUAACAUAAAAUCACAAGAAUAUUAUGUUGAUGUAAUUGGAAACCAUGAGAAUAAUUUGAUAGCACUUUUGCAUGACUCCAAUUUACACAUAAUAAAUCCAGCCAGUCUUAUAGAAGACAUAUUACACAAGACAGGUAAAACAAAUAGAUUGCCUACUUGUAUAGCAGGACAUCCUGUAGAAGAAUGCGUUGCCACUGGAGAUAGUACAGGUCGUGUAGUAGUAUGGAGGAAUUUGUUUCAAACCAGACCAUACACAGCUGUCUUUCAUUGGCACACAUUGCCUGUUAGAGUAAUAGCAUUUAGUAAAUCAGGUGGCAAUAUGUAUACAGGUGGUGGUGAGUGCGUGUUGGUAAAGUGGUCUCUAGCAAAUCCUUUACGACAAUCAUUCCUUCCGCGAUUACCGGCACCUAUUAAACAUCUCACUAUUGCGCCGGAUAAUUUAUUUGUAGCUGUGUCGACGAUAGAUAAUGGUAUUCUUAUUGUGAGUCCUCAAAAAAAGGUGACAGCAGUGAUACAAAGCUUUACAUGGGGGGUUGCACCUUUCUGCAAAGAUUUGUUUCCUGCAGGACUUGUCGUCGAUCCGAGGACAGGUAGCCUUGUUCUGAAUAGUCGCACUGGACAUGUGCAAUUUUACAACACUCACACAAAAAAUUUAUUGUAUAAUAUCGACAUUACUGCACAAAAUUUUCUAACGCAAGAGCGUGAUGUAAUUAUUGUAAAUACCGAAGUAACAAAAAUUGCUCUGAAUCAUGACGGCACAUGGAUGGCAACAGUCGAAGUGAGAAAAAAUAGGACAUUCACAGAAGUUAGAUUGAAAUUUUGGAAUUUUGAUCCGAAUGAGCAGACAUUUAAACUGAAUACAUCCUUUGAACGGCCCCAUAAAGAUGGUGUGAACGCACUAUAUUUUCAGCCAAGUCCAACAUGCGAUGAUGGAGAAUUGUUAGCGGUUACCACUGGAAUGGAUAAAAAAUUUAAAUUAUGGAUUUUAGAGCCGCCUACAGAGGCAGAAGAGACGAGUCGUUGGUACUUAUAUAAAACAGGAGACUAUCGCAACUUAAACGCUACGGAUGCUGGUUUUGCCUUCGAUGGUUCGUUAUUGGCUGUUGGUUUUGAUUCUACUGUGGCGUUUUGGAUACCUGAAACUUUCGAAUUCAAAAAAGCUCUUACACAUGGAUGGUUUGAACAUCCGAUAAAACGAAUAGAAUUCGGCAAAGAAUUCGAAGUCGGUCAUCUUGUGGUAGUUGCGACUGGAGAGUACAUAAUGGUUUGGAACAUACAUAAUUUGAGAGUAGUAUGGACCGUACCUUUGGAUGUCACCCACCUCACAUACGACCCGAAGUCCAUAUAUAUGGCAGCACUUACAACUGACAAUUCACUAUAUGUGUUUACACCACUAAACCCAACACUUAUCUACAAGAAAGAAGAGUUCAUCGAAAGUACCAGUUCCAUAUUGGCCGCUACUUUUGUACCGCAUAUGAAGGAAGUACGCAAUCCAUUGUUUGGCAAGUGGCAAGCAAAAUCGCAACUGUAUUUUUUGGAUUCAAAUCAGGAAUUACUCACAUUGGAACCAGCAUCUGAAAUGAGCAUUCCUCUAGAUGUUUAUCUGAAUAAAGGAACCACGCCAUUAUUUGAUUUAUCCGCCUCUACAUCGGGUGCCUCUUCAUCAACCAAAGAGCAGGAUAUUGCGACAGAUGAUGAAAAUCUUAGCGAAGCGCAAAAAAUAUUGAAAUAUAUGCGCAGCGUACCACCCUGGACUUUAUCAAUGAAAGAUUUAUGUUUGCCGUAUCUGUUGGCGAUGGCGAAAGAAAAACCGAAAAGUCCGAUAAGAAAACGCAAGUACUCUAGCGAUGAUGAAGCUCAAGACGAUACCUCAAAGUUGAAUGAUAACGAAGUAUCACAGCCGACACCGAAACCUGCAGUCACGCCGCUCUACAAGGAAGAGCCGGACGAAUCGUUUACAGAUGUGGAGAUUUUCGAUUGGUCUAGUUUAGCGAACUUAUUUCCGGAAUAAGACAAUAUCACUCAUUUGUACAUGAAAGAACUGUUAUACAAAGUAACGGUAAAAUGAUAUAAGGCUGUCAAUUCAACGAACUCCGUCUAGUUGAAAUAUAGUAACGUUUACGUUUUGUAAAUGUUUUAUACAAAAUAUAUUCGAUCAAAUGAGUAUAUAAUAAAAUAUGAAAUAUGUUGCAUCGGGAAUAAACGUCUACGCGUUUAUCGGAAAAUAUUUCAAGGGAAAUAUGCUACGUUCUAUAUUACACACAACGAAAUCAAAUAAUGUAUAAAAUAUUCGAAUCAACUAUAUUAACUACAUUACGUAAUUUUAAGAUGGCUUGGGCAACUGAUCCAAUCGUGAAGCCAGUUCGACCAAUUCGGCAACAGCCUCGUUCAACCUUCUUCCGUAGGCCGAGUCCUUCUCCAUAUUAGAAAAUACAGAUUCUAUCCUGUUCCUAAAGACGUACUCGACGAAAGACGCGGGAUCGUUGCAGAUCUGUGCGCUGCACUUCUCAUUCAUCAGUACCGUGGGAAAGUAUAUUGUCGCUGUGAUGAGAGCGGAUAGACGCUGCUCUUCCAUGCCUUCGACCACUUCCGACCAGGCUGGUCUCUGCGUCAAGCUGACACCAUGAGCGUCUAAUGUUUCGCACAGCGUCUUAUAAUAAUAUCGCAACAUUGCGCUCUCCCAGGUCUCUCGGAAGUUCCGGUCACCGCACAGAUAAAGUAACUGCGACACGUCGUGCGCCAAAGGAGCAUAUCUCAGUAGCUGGUAAUCUACCAGUAGACACUUGGGCGGCAUGUCGUUGUUAAACAUGAGGUUGUUGCUCCACAGGUCCCCGUGACAGAGCACGUUCGCUUUCGUGCAGGACGGUUUAAAGCCGUGAUUGACUUGUUCAAAGGCUGCAUGUAACAGAUCAGAGUUGUGUCCCAGACGUUCGGCUAUAGCCACAGCGACAUUAACACCCGCUUCGAACCACUCUUUUCUCUUUUGGUUGCAGUCAAAGUCUGUAUUCUUAAAAGCUUCAGGAUAUAAUUGGUUGAAGGGUAAGCCAAGACGUUCUUCCGCCAUCAAGGAGGCGGCAUGUAGACGCGCGAUAGCGUUGAGACCCGCUUUCAUGAGCGUCUUGUCCAAUAAUUUGUCUCGUAUCGAGUAACCUUUGUUGAUUAGCUCUUCGAAAAUCAACAAAUUAUCUUUCAUUUUGUAACACAUUGGCGCCCACGAUUCCCCAUGAUACUUAUUGCGAAGCAGUGGCAUUAUGGUGUUAUAAAACAGCAUCUCUUGCUUGAAGAAGCCGUUUUGUAUCACGUAUUCGACUUGCUCGGGUAUUUCGUAAGGCAAGGUCUUGAGAAAGAACGAGAUAGUGGCUGUUUUCUUUUUCCUCAUCGUGGCUAUCACAGUGAGACAAUAAUGAGAGCCGAGAUACCCAAGUUUACCGUCAGAAUACGAUCGAAUACUGUAUUCGACCGAAUCAACUUCGCUGUUCAGCACGCUUCUCACGACUUCUGUCACUUCUUCGGGUGAAAGCAACUUCCGAAUGACAUUGUUCUUAGUGACAUUGACAGUUUUUGUCUCCAGACACUCUUUUCUUCGUAUCGCCGUGUUAGACAUUCUUCCUGUAGAUGUUACUUUUGGAUGGGAAAGUCUAACGUUGCGGCAACUCGUUGGUCUUUAUAUACUCUUUGUAUAUUUGCCAAUUCAUUAACUGAUUCUGUUGUGUGUAAUAUAGAACGUAGUAUAUUUCCAUCAAGAUAUUUCCCGAUAAACGAGUAAAUGUUUGUUCCCGAUGCAACGCGAUAUGACAAAAGAUUUAAUUUCUUUAAUUGCGUCUACGUUAAGAGUGUCGUUUACAUAUAAACCGUUACGUUCUUGUAUGAAUCCAUUGUUAAUCUUUCUUGAUGUUUUACAGCGAAUAUGCUUGACCAAUAAGGCAUAUACUUAAAUAUAGAAUUUUAUAUUUGA